AUGUCAUUCUUCGCGCUGGCUUUCAGCGAGUACGCGAUGUAUUUCAACACCAUCCGAGACGUGUAUGAGGCAUGGGUGAUCUACAACUUCCUGUCGCUGUGUCUGGCGUGGGUGGGGGGUCCCGGAGUGGUCGUGACGUCUCUCGCUGGUCGCGUGCUCAAGCCGUCCAUCGUUCUCGGCACGUGCUGCCUGCCUCCCAUGCCGCUCGACGGCCGAUUCAUCCGGCGCUGCAAACAAGGCUGCCUGCAGUUCGUGUUCCUCAAGCCCAUUCUAGCCGCGCUCUCGCUCAUCCUCUACUCGUACGGGCUGUACAACGACGGCAACUUCAGCGCGUUUGACUCGUACCUGUACAUCACGUGCGUCUACAUGAUCUCCUACUCCAUCGCCAUCUACGCGCUCAUCCUCUUCUACGUCGCCUGCAAGGACCUCCUCACCUCCUUCAACCCCAUCCCCAAGUUCCUCAUGAUCAAGGCGGUUGUCUUCCUCACUUACUGGCAGGGGGUCAUCAUCUUCCUCAUCGCCCAUUUCACAGCCAGCCCAGAGGGAGCAGCGGACCUCCAAAACGUAAUCAUCUGCUGCGAGAUGGCGCUAGGAGCCAUCGGCUUCAUGAUUGCAUUCCCCGUGAAACCCUACAUGGUCGCGAACGUGGGCACGUCAGGGGCCGGGCCGAUGGAUUUCCAGGGGUUCGGGCUCGCAGGGUUGGGCCUGGCGAAUAUGACCGAGGAGCAGAGGGGUGCGCUGAUUUCUGCGUUUAAGCAUUCUGUCAAUAUGGGGGAUGUGGUGAGCGACACGGUUCACCAGUUCGCCCCCACGUACCAUGACUAUGUGCUGUACAGCGAUGGGUCGCAGGACAAGCCGCAGCACUACCGCACCCGCACCUUCGUUCCAGCAGGCAAGGAGAUGGAGAAUGCGCCUAUUCUUCAAUCUCCCAUGGGAGAACCCUCGAGCUCUUACGACCCUCCGGUUAAGAAAACCAAUUCGUCGCUUUCUCGAAGCAGCAGCAAGGGAGGGGAGGGGAGCGGUGUUAGGGGGAUUGGUUCGGAGGGUGAGCCGCUGUCUCGGCGGGCUUCGAGCAUCAAUGAGGAGGAGAACUCGCGGUUGAGACGCAGCUCAGGGGCGGCGAGCAAGAAGGAGAACGAGUUUGGGUUUCUGAUGAACGAGGAUGAUAUGAUUGAGGAGGGGGAUCCUAGACUUGACCUUGAGGGGUUUGUAACUGGGUAA